AUGCCCUUAAAUAAUGUACAGGUGGAGUUUUGUUCCCACAACUCUACCAGGACAUUUGCCACGCAGUAUUUCGAUGUGAAACUGGAUUGGAUUCCUACUGGUGUGCUACGACGCGUCGCCCGCCGCCUUUACCCCUCGUUCUGGGCAGCAGCCGCUUCAAUUAGGUCAUACAGUGAGCGGAUCGUGAGAAGAUUUUCUAGUGAUGAAGCGUGUUAUCCAGAGACACUGGAGAAAAAGCGUCGCAUGGGGAAAAGAGGCUCUAGGGGAGAAUAUGAUGGAGAUGUUGAGGAAAUUGAACUGUCCGAAUACAUGGAAGAAGACGACAGCGAAACGGACGCAGGUGCUUUGAGUGGAAUGAAAUUCAUCUCCUGUAAACCCUUUCCGUUGGACGAUCUUCCCUUGCAUACGGUAGAAUAA